UUUCAUUAUCUCAAUUAUUAAUGACAAAAGAUCUCGUCUUUCUCGUUUUCUGUGAUUCAGACAAAAGUCAUAAAACCCUAGUUGCUGCUUCUGCUCUGUUUUUAUAAGCCUCCACUUCCCGCCAAGCCUCUCUUAGCCAUAAACAGUGAAAAACCCUAAAUCUCUUUUGUUCCUUCACCAAGCACCAAGCUCUAAAACCCUAUCCAUGGAGACGCCGACGAUGAAGCCUGAUACGGUUUUGAUUCUUGAUUACGGCUCCCAGUACACACAUCUCAUAACUCGCCGUAUUCGUUCUCUCAACGUCUUCUCUCUCGUAAUCAGUGGAACUUCAUCGCUCAAAUCAAUCACUAGCUAUAACCCACGAGUCGUUAUCCUCUCCGGUGGACCUCACUCUGUUCACGCGCUCGACGCGCCGAGUUUUCCCGACGGGUUCAUGGAGUGGGCAGAGUCGAACGGUGUUCAUGUUUUGGGGAUUUGCUAUGGUUUGCAAUUGAUUGUGCAGAAGCUUGGAGGUGUUGUUGUGGAAGGAGAAAGUAAAGAGUAUGGGAAGAUGGAGAUUGAAGUGAAGGGCAAAUCGGAGAUUUUUGGGUCGGGGAGUGGUGGAGAGAAGCAAAUGGUUUGGAUGAGUCAUGGUGAUGAAGCGGUUAAGCUUCCUGAAGGGUUUGAAGUUGUGGCUCAGAGUGCUCAAGGAGCUGUUGCUGCUUUGGAGAAUCGGAAGAAGAAGAUUUAUGGAUUGCAGUAUCAUCCUGAGGUAACUCAUUCACCAAAAGGGAUGGAGACACUUCGGCACUUCCUCUUUGAUGUAUGUGGAGUAUCUGCCGAUUGGAAAAUGGAGGAUCUGAUGGAAGAAGAGAUCAAAGUGAUUAACCAAACCGUUGCAUCUGACGAACAUGUCAUUUGCGCCUUGUCAGGAGGUGUGGACUCUACUGUUGCUGCAACUCUUGUUCACAAGGCAAUUGGAGAUAGGCUUCAUUGUAUCUUUGUUGAUAACGGGCUAUUAAGGUAUAAGGAGCAAGAACGUGUGAUGGAUACCUUUGAGAGAGACUUGCAUCUACCUGUUACUUGUGUUGACGCAUCCGAGCGGUUUUUGAGUGAACUUAAAGGCGUUGUGGAUCCCGAGACCAAGAGAAAGAUAAUCGGAAAGGAGUUCAUCAACAUUUUUGAUCAAUUUGCCCAAGAGUUAGAAAAAAAGCAUGGGAAGAAACCUGCUUUUCUAGUUCAAGGGACUCUGUACCCUGAUGUGAUUGAGUCGUGCCCUCCCCCUGGUACUGAUAGAACUCAUUCUCACACCAUCAAAAGUCAUCAUAACGUUGGAGGACUCCCUAAAGACAUGAAAUUGAAGCUGAUCGAACCACUCAAGCUUCUCUUCAAAGACGAGGUUCGUGAGCUCGGAAGAAUCUUGAAUGUUCCUGUAGGAUUCUUGAAGCGUCACCCAUUCCCUGGUCCGGGACUCGCAGUUAGAGUUUUGGGCGAUGUCACCCAAGGAAACGCCCUCGAGGUUCUUCGUCAGGUUGAUGAGAUUUUCAUCCAAUCAAUCAGAGAUGCGGGUCUCUAUGAUUCGAUCUGGCAAGCUUUCGCAGUGUUCUUGCCUGUAAGAUCAGUUGGAGUCCAAGGUGACAAGAGAACACAUUCUCAUGUGGUUGCUCUACGGGCAGUUACAAGCCAAGAUGGAAUGACUGCAGACUGGUUCAAUUUUGAGCACAAGUUUUUGGACGAUGUUUCCCGGAAAAUCUGUAACAGCGUUCAAGGAGUAAACCGUGUGGUUCAAGACAUUACAUCAAAGCCUCCUUCAACGAUCGAAUGGGAAUAAAGUAAAAACAUAAAUUUGAGUCUUUUAUUUAUGGGUGUCUGCAAUUCUUCUACCAUGUAAAAUAGAUUAUCAUCAAACAAUGAUGGUGAAUUAGUGAUGGUGUUUAUCAUUAUUAUUAUUAGUAGACAAUGGUUUUCUGGUGAAAUAAAUGAGUAAUCGGUAGACAAUGGUAUCA